AGAUUAGUCUUGGCUAUUUGCGUAUACAUAAAUAUGUUUGCUAGUAUAUGAAAAAAUUUAAAAAGGCAGGGCAGGAAAGAAAGUCCUUUCUUGAGUGUUAAAAUUUUUCAAUUCUAAUGUAGAAAGGAAGGCUCGUUCUCCGCAUUUUGUAACAAUAAAUUAAACUAAUUCGAUUUCAGUAAAAACUUAUUUUAUUGAUUUUGAAGUAAAAAUUACAACUAUAUUUUUAAACUUCCUCGAUUUAAAUACAGUAAAUAAUUACAAUUAAACUAAAAGAAAAUGACAAACCUACAAAAGCAACAUGAAUUGGUGAAAGGCAGCCUGGAACAGUUUGUCGGCGUGCAUAUUCCGGGUGCUGAUUUUAGCGUCGUUGAUGAUAUUGUAUUAUCUUACAUUAUUUCCAUUUUGGAAGAAGCUUCUCAGGACCCCUGCUUUGAUGUGGAUGGUUUUGUGGAAAUGAUGGGUGCCUAUUUUGCAGAAUUCUCUUUUAUUGACCAAAGUAUUAUAUGCGAAUGGAUUUAUAAGUUGGCCAAUGAAUUAAUUGAGCUUCAGAAAAACGAAGAUAACCACCAACCAGCGAACUUAUCUUUGCAUUCGCUAUCACUCUCUGACAUAAUACCAGAACCGAAAUUGCGUCCACGCAAUACUUCUUCGUCCGAUAAGGAAGAAAUUAACUCAGACAGGACAAGCGGUAGUCAGAAACGCUCCCAACAUUUAUCUGAGACUAGCGAUGGAGGCUCAACGGACAGCUCAUCUACCUGCGACUAUUUCCUAAAUGAGGCAGAAAUAUUGCAGGAAAUGUUUCCUGACAGUGCUUAUGUAGAAGUGAAACAUUGCAUUGCCAUAUCUAAGGGCGACAUUAACAGUGCUGCUCAAAUAUUAUUGCAUCGGCAAGAAACUGGUCAAAGUUUAACAGAUAAGCAUAAUGGCUUGGGCACUCGCAAAAAUGUGGUUGUGGAUGACACUGAACUCAAAAACCGCAUUAUAGCCAGAUAUUCUUACGUGGACAAGGAUGCUAGUAAUAGAGAGUACAAGCCGGUUGUACCGAAAAUGGAACCUAAGAAAUUAGUACGCUAUCGAGAUAACAAAAUUGUUUCGCUUAAAGGCGAACGAUAUACAGAAGUAAAACGCGAUGAGGAAGCUGAGUUAAAAAAACCAAAAAAGCCGCUUCAGCCGUAACUAAAGAUGAUGAAAAUCUAUUUUAAAUAUUUUAUAAAAAAACUGAAGCUCAAUUGCGCUAAGCAGUUGAUAGAAGUGUUGUUACGACAUUUACUACCGGAGAAAGCGAACAGUGAAAAGGAUUUAGAAACUCCGGUACAUGUAGGACAUAAGAAAAGUAUUAUAGCGACCCUAAUGUUUUGUGUAGAUCAUUCUUGCAAUCGCACUCACUCCUUUUGUAAACUCCUCAAAAUUAUUGCAAUUUCGCACCCUAUUGAAUGUGAUAAAGAUUUAUUACGAGGCACAUGUACUAUUCAAGGAAAAUGUUUGAAGAAACUUUCUUCUAACUUAACGGCUGAGCUUGCCAUCAAGAGUGCCUCUGCUGCCGCAAAGAUGAAGUCAUUACCUUUGUUAGCGUUAGGGAAACCUUCACCAAAGUCACUACCAUUACAAUUACAAUUACCUUUAAAGUUGGUAAACCUUUUGGAAAAUUUCUUUUGGUCUGAGACCGCAUCCAUCGCCAUCAAUUGUAAAUUAUUGUUAAUAUUUUUAAUUCAUUACCAUUCAGUUCCAAUUUUUAAUUUUUUACUUUUAAUUGCGACUUCGUCGCUUUUAUUAAAAUUUAGUAACAAAGUUUUUGUUGUUUAUGUUAUAUGGAAAUGUAUCGACAGACGUUUCUAGGAUUAUCUUUCAAACGACAAGAUUUAGUUUUUUAUGUAUAAAAAUUUAUAGAUCUUUUUUGUUUUAUUUGCGCACAAUAACAAUUUUAUUAUUUUUUACAAAUCUUAUUUUGCAAUGAAUGUUACAAAGCCUCGAAGUUUCGACGUAAUUCAAUAUAUAUUAGCCGCAGGUCACAAGUUGUUGGUUUCAGAUGGCACUUUUCACCAACGUAAAAUAGAAUUCAAUCCAACUGCAGGAAUAUUUUGUAGUUUACUACAAAUUAUGAGUUACAGAUUGUAAAAAAGGGAUGAAUUUAUUUUAAAAAUAAUUCAAAUGGAUUUGAAAUAAUUGAGUUAUUAGCGCUAGAUGUUUGCAUAUAAAUAAUUUGUCAAAAAAUUGAUAACGCUUUGUAAGGUGAAGGUGAAGGUUACGUUUCAAGCCGUAAUAGUUGGAGCUAUUUUCCAGCUAAUAUCAUUACUUCGGCUAUUCUGAAUAUAUUUGCAAAUGGAUUUAUUCUCUGUGAUAGUCAAUUAAGGCCAAUCAGUUUUAAUUUUUUAUUCCAAUCUUUAUGAAUUUAAAAAGCGAAAACAUAGACGACGGAUGAAUAUGUAUACAAUAAAAGUAAUGCCAUCAUCUUACUACUCCAGCAAGUCGGUCAGUAUGUUUCAAUUAUCUGUUCCGAUUUCUAUGUAUACUUGCGUUAUAUAUAUUGUAAGCAAGGGAAAAGCUAACUAAUUCUUAUUCCCUUAGAAGAAACAACAUAUUAUUGUUUAGUGAUAUUAAUAUAUCGCUUUACUUCCUUACCUCUUUGUUUGGCAUUAGGUGGGCUUAGAAAGAAGACAGUUUAUUGCAAAUAAGGAAUUGUUUUGUAAUUCAGAAAUUUCUCGAGACAAACGAACAAAUUUUCAAAUUCAAAAUAUCUGUAAAUUGCAUUUAAAAAUUUCAAGAAUUUUUCAAGGAAUAAAUUGUGUUAAAGGUCGCUUGCGGAAACUUGCAGUUUGUUUCCUUUCUUGACAGAAAUCGAACGCAUUUUGUUAAAGUUGGCUUAUAUCCUUUAAAGGUGUCUUUCGAAAUACAGCACAAGCCCCGUUGUUUAAUUACAAUUCCUAAUUAUUAAAAAUUCUCUAGAACUUCUCGUUUUCAAUCUUCAAAUGUGUAUCGUAGCACUUCCGCGGAAUCUCAAAUCUGCAUUUGGUGAUAAAAAACAAAAAUGCUCUUGUGAAUCAAGAUUUAAAUUUCAAAACUGAUUUUUUUAGCUUUUUUCUUUUUUAAUUUAGGCGCUUAGUUUGUUAUAUAAUCGUAAUGACAAUGGUGCUUUUAUACAGUGAAAAAAAGUCUGUAACAUUUAUGCGAAAUUGUAAUAUAAAUAAGACGUUCUUGCUUUCCAGUGAAAUUACAUAAUAUAGCACAAACAUCACAUAAAAUCAGCCAGUUAAUCAUUAAAGCAAAGAAAAGUUAUGAAAGUAGAUUUCAUACUUUUAUGUUUGCAUAGGUGUUUACGUUUAGCUUUUAAGUAAGUAUCCUCUAUUAAUGAGAAUAUUCAUCCGGUACACUUUAUACAAUAAGCAUGUAUAUGAAAAGCACGGAAGUAUUUAUGUAUUGUCACAUUCAAUAAAGUCAUUAAGCAGUUCUCAUUAAAA